CUGACACCCACUUCCUCCGACGCGCUGCAACUCCAGACUGCCCUCCGCCGUCCUCAAGCCUCGGCAACACUCGCUUCACCUGCUGCGGCGACCGCAGUCCCACCGUCAAGGGCUCCGCUGUCUCCCCUCUGUCGCGAGCCACGCCAAUCGACGUAUCCGAUCUGCAGUGCACGCUGUUGCCCGGCCGUCCGCGCGUUCCUGCAGGUGUGCGGUGACGAGUGGGCACGCGACGGCCCUGCCAAUCUCCUUCGCAAGACACACGACCGGACAUCAUCGAUCCCAGCAAACAGCGACGCGGUCAGGGCGACUCCAUGGCUUCGUCUUCAGUCUCGCCAGUCGAUCUGGCGGUGGAACCCGACCUACAACCUCUCUAUCCAACGCCGGCCCAGAUCGCUCACCUCCUGUCGCCAUAUGUCGGCCUCGCACCGCAACAGAAGGCAGAGCUCGUCUCUCACUGCUUGAUGCGCGCCUGUCAAUUCGGAGACAUGCUGAUAAUGUCUCACCUGCUCACCGACCCGAACGCACAUCCAUUCGUAGACCUAGCAAAGAAGGAGGAGGACGGCCUGGGCCUGAUCAGCACGACUAUCCUUAGCUUUGUCGCGGAGUCCGAGAGAGAGAUCGAGAGGGAGGAAUGUGUCCGGCUGCUCGUCUCGGAGGGUUGUGAUGUGAACAGUGCAGAUCAUGAUGGCUGGACACCCCUGCACUAUGCCUCUCUGCUAGCUCCCGCGACUCUUGUAUCCUUCCUCUUGACUCACGGCGCAUCCGCUUUCGCCUUGACGCGUCGACGGCUCACGGCUCUAGACAUCGUCACUGCGCAUACCAUCGUCCCUGGCCGAGAAGAUGUAGCAUUGAUCCUCCAAGAGGCAAUGCGUGGUGAGGGAUGGAAGGGGGGAAGAAUGGAGGAGCAACGGCGGCUCAUAGGAAGACGCGCUCGUCGCAUGGGCAGGCGGAGAAACGUCCAACUCGACAUCGAGAAGGUGCUUGGUAUAAGCGCACGAUGGUGGGGUGACGAACUGUCGGACCCAAAUUUCGACCCCGAAGAGGAGGACGAGGACGAAGUACCGGAUGAAACCAUUUAUACACCACCGCCUGACUACAACUCGAUGCUUGUCUUCUCUCCUAUGUCGCUGCCAGACAUUUUCCAAUCGCUCAUCACUGAUUUCGAACCGUCACUACGGAAUGCAGAACCAGCCAACGCUCUGUACAUGCUCGCGCGCUUCGCCUGCAUUAAUUGCGAUCACAAUUGGCUCGAGGAUCUCAUUCUGGGAGCGUGCGAUGCCAUCGAAGAGACAUUCUUUAACCGCGCGGACGAUGCUACCACGUUGAUCUUCUGGCUCUAUAACACCACUGUGUGGCUUCACCUGAUGCGCUGCGACAAUGCCAUCAACGAGACACUAGAAAUGCUCGGUUCCUUUGCGCUCAUUGAAGAGAUACUGAACUCUGAUUUUGUCUUCAUCAUCCGUCUCGCUGAGAGAAGGAUCGACCAGCUUCUAGACGCUGCGUUACUAGACUACACGCCGCUCUCUAAGGAGUUCGAAUCCGUAGAAUUUGAAUCAGAGUGGUCUUUCCUCCGCACAUUCGGCGGCGGAAAGAAGAAGUCUCCCGCCCCGAACGGGAACGCACAGAAGAAUGGCACUCCGAGCACUCCGAAGCUCGGAAGCAGGCCGCCCUCGCCGAACCCUCCCGCGUCCACGUCGCCCACGAACCAGCGGAGCUUCGCGUCUUUGCGGCAGACCUUCUCCCGCACGCGGACUCCGUCCAACACACCUCUGCAGUCAAUGUUUGCAGACCCGGCUGCGACCCCUCCACCACCCUCACCGAAAGACAUCACGUCCUUCAUCACAGCCCUACAUACCCUUCUCACGCUAUCUGGGAUCAAUCCUGCUAUCAUCAUCCAGCUAUGGUCGCAAGUGAUGUAUUGGACGGCAUGUGAAACGUUCAAUAGGGUUUUGACACGGAAAAAGUACAUUUGCCGAUCGCGAGCUGUCCAGAUCAGCAUGAACCUCAGUGUUCUGGAAGAGUGGAUCGGCGAGAUGCAACUUCCUCGUGGCAUUGGUUCGCACUUUGCCCCUGUGAAGGACCUCUUGACGUGGUUGCAGAGUUUGUCGUCAAUCACGGAGUUCCCCAACCUGAUCGCAACUAUACAGACGUUGCGGAAUCUUAAUCCACUUCAGAUGCGCCGUGCUGUCCGCGACUAUCGGUAUGAGGUUAACGAGGCCAGGAUGACAGACGAGUGCAACCAGUACCUCGCACAACUGCAGAAGGACUGGGAGAGACAUCGGAUCAAACUGGGUGUCGAGGCUCUGCGGAAAGAGAUUGGCGAGCGCGAGCGAGAUCGCGAAGAGGGUCUCAGCGUCUCUCCGUCGCUCCACGACGUGCCAAUUGGUGAUGGCAGGCAAUCUCCAGUCCCAUCUCAAGAAACCUCAGCCGCUCAGCGCAACAUAGACGCGCUUUUCGAUCGGGCCUGGGAGAAGUCGUCCUGGGAGCCUGCCAGAGCUCCGGAACCCCUGGGCGAACUCCUCGACUCCAGGCACAUGUUGCCGUUGCUCUUCCCGUCGGACCCGAAGAUGCUCGGUGCUCUUCCUGCCAACCGCACGACGCCGGAAGAGGACAAGCGUAGCAGCAGCCGCCUGAGUCAAGACUCGUCUGCAAGUCGAGCCAGCUUCGGGACUCGCGGUGCGAUGACCUGGCGGCUAAAGACCAAGAAGCUGCGCGACGUCAGUGCGAUCACCCUCCAAUUCGUGGAUGGGUCCAGAGCUGCCCGGCGGUGGACAAGACCGGCCGAGAUCGAGGAAGAGGAGGAAUGGGAAGAGCUGCCGCCUUACCCUACCGCGGACGCACAGUCUCCGGACGCGUUGCGGGUGGAAACUCACUUCACUCCGCUAACAAGAAAGCCAUCCGCACGCAGCAGGGGGCGAGGAAGCAGUGCGGUAGAAGAGGUGCUGACGCCCGCCGCCGAAGAGGAUUCAGACCAGCCAAAACCUGUAUAAUGGACUCUGCUUUCUGCUCAUCGUCUGUACUCUGCAUUGCUUUGGAUUCUAUCUGUAGUGUGCUCGUCAUCUCAUGCAAGUUGUAUAUUUAAUGGCCACCCAUAGCAGUACCUAUCGUCGCUAGUCUAAGAGUAUAUAUCCCAUUCCUCCUCGUGG